AUGGAGCUGGUCCUCGUGGCCACCCUGCUGGCUGUUCUGCCAGGACCCCUGCGGGGGAACGAGACGUCCACAGUGCCUCCAUCAGACCUCUCCCGUGCCCAGAAGAGAAACCUGGAUUCAGUGUGUGGACGUCCGCAAGUGUCCGGCCGCAUCGUGUCAGGGCAGGAGGCCCGGCCCGGCCGGUGGCCGUGGCAGGUCAGCGUCCAGGAGCGUGGGGUCCACGUGUGUGGAGGCUCCCUCAUCGGUGAGGACCAGGUACUGACCGCCGCCCACUGCUUUGACCAGAGGCUGCCCCUGUCCGACUACUCAGUGUUGCUGGGGUCCAUCUCCUCCUACCCUGGCGAUGGGGAACCCGGGCAGCUGCGCAGGGUGGCCGAGCUCACCGUGCACCCCAGCUACUCGGCGCUGGACAACCGCGGUGACAUCGCCCUGGUGCAGCUGGCCACAGCCGUCAACUUCAGCGACAUCAUCCUUCCAGUCUGCCUCCCCCGGCCUGGAGACCCCCUGGGCCCUGGCACGUGGUGCUGGGUCACUGGAUGGGGAAAGAUAGCCCCGAGUACACCCCUCCCGCCACCCUUCACCUUGAGAGAGUUGUCACUGCCCAUCAUCGACACCCAGACCUGCGAGGCCUACUACCAGGAGGGUUCCAUUUCCAGCCAGGGGCCCAUCAUCCAAGAUGACAUGUUCUGUGCCGGCUUCGAGGAGGGCCAGAAGGACGCUUGUGGGGGCGAUUCCGGAGGCCCCUUGGUCUGUGACGUUGGUGGCGUCUGGGCUCAGGCAGGGGUGGUGAGCUGGGGGUCUGGCUGUGCCCUUCCCAAGAAGCCUGGGGUUUACAUCAAUGUCAGCGUCUACACCCCGUGGAUUAUGAACGCAGCUCCUCCCUCUGGAAACUUCUCUCCAAACCGGGACACUGAGGGCUGGGGGCUCCAGGCCCACUCUCCCCAGCAGCCUGUCUCUCGGGGAGGGGUGCCCAUGGGCACGAGGGCAGGAGAAGCAGCACCCCUGGACAGCUGCUGGGCCCUUGCCUGA